CGACAUGACGUCAUAAGACUGCGCUCCUGCAUCUGCUGUGAUUCUGCUGAAGAAAGAUGGCGUUUAUUAAAGAGGAGACUGAAGACAUGAAUAUUGAGUUUAUUAAAGAGGAGGAGAAUGAAGAUAUAAAGAUGGUGUUUAUUAAAGAGGAGACUGAAGACUUGUUUAUUAAAGAGGAAGAGACUGAAGACAUAAGGAUUGAAGAAACAUUCAGAGUGAAACAUGAAGAUACUGAGGAACAAACAGACCUAAUGGCACUGAGAGAGGCUAGCCAUGAACUUGGUUAUUUCACCUGCCAACAGUGUGGAAAGAGUUUCAAACAUAAAAAACACCUUAAAGUUCACAUGAGAGUUCACACUGGAGAAAAGCCUUACACCUGCCAACAGUGUGGAAAGAGUUUCAGUCAUAAAGGAAGCCUUAUAGCCCACAUGAGAGUUCACACUGGAGAGAGCCCAUUCACCUGCCAACAGUGUGGAAAUAGUUUCCGUGACAAAGGAAACCUUACAGCCCACAUGAGAACUCACACUGGAGAAAAGCCUCAUACCUGUCAAGAGUGUGGAAAGAGUUUCAGUCGAAAAGGAAGCCUUAUAGCCCACAUGAGAAUUCACACUGGAGAAAAGCCUUAUACCUGUCAAGAGUGUGGAAAGAGUUUCAGUCGAAAAGAAAACCUUACAGUCCACAUGAGUUAUCACACUGGAGAAAAGGCUUACACCUGUCAAGAGUGUGGAAAGAGUUUCAGUCACGAAGUACACCUUGAAAUCCACAUGCGAAUUCACACUGGAGAAAAGCCUUACACCUGUCAAGAGUGUGGAAAGAGUUUCAGUCAUAAAGGAAGUCUUAUAGCUCACAUCAGAAUUCACGUUAGAGCGAACACAUUCGCCUGCCAACAGUGUGGAAAGAGUUUCAUUGGAGAAGGAAAACUCAAAGUCCACAUGAGAAUUCACACUGGCGAAAAGCCUUACACCUGCCAACAGUGUGGAAAGAGUUUCAGUGUAAAAGGAAGCCUUAAAGCCCACAUGAGAGUUCACACUGGAGAAAAGCCUUACACCUGCCAACAGUGUGGAAAGAGUUUCAGUGAGAAAGGAAGCCUUACAGUCCACAUGAGAAUUCACACUGGAGAAAAGCCGUGCACCUGCCAACAGUGUGGAAAGAGUUUCAUUCGAAAAGAAGGCCUUAUAGCCCACAUGAGCACUCACACUGGAGAAAAGCCUUACACCUGCACUCUGUGUGGGAAUGGCUUCACACAGGAACGAAGCCUUAGGGAACACAUGAAUAUUCACACUGGAGAGAGCCCAUUUGCCUGCCAACAGUGUGGAAAGAGUUUCAUUAGAAAAGGAAGCCUUAAAGCCCACAUGAGAAUUCACACUGGAGAGAGCCCAUUCACCUGCCAACAGUGUGGACAGAGUUUCGUUCGAAAAGAAGGUCUUAUAGCCCACAUGAGCACUCACACUGGAGAAAAGCCUUACACCUGUACUCUGUGCGGGAAUGGCUUCACACAGGAACGAAGCCUCAGGCAACACAUGAAUAUUCACACUGGAGAGAAGCCUUUUAAAUGUGAUCAGUGUGGAAAGAGUUUCACACAUAAAAUGAGCCUUUAUCACCACAUGAAAAUUCACACUGGAGAAAAGCUAUUCACAUGUGAUCAUCUUAAGGACACCUUAAAGACCACAUGAGAAUUCACACUGGAGAAAAGCCGUAAGCCUCGUUUACACUGCACACGGCUACUGAAGAUCAAAUGCAAAAUAAAGUCAAAAUAAUCACCCUGA